AUGAAGCUUACAUUUGCUCUUCAUGAUGGAAGAAUUUUCUCCCUAGAUGCCCCUUCAGAUACACUUAUGACAAAUAUUCGCCUUAUGGUUGCUAUAGAAGCUGGAGUGCCAGACAAAAAUGUGAUUUUAAUGAAAAACGAGCAAGCACUGACUAUUCAUCCACUCAAUACAGUACAGGAUUGUGGACUAGGUGAAAAUGAUCUCAUUUGGGUCCAGAUUAAUAACUUACAACCUCCUCAUUCGGAAUCGCCUUUAAGUAAUAUCGGUUCCCUCUUGCCAGGAUCUUCUAACGCUGGUCAAUUUUCCUCCUCCAUACAUAACGACUUCAGCAUUCCAGAUUUAGCUGAAGCGGCACGACAACACUUCCUCCGUGCCUCUGAAGCACAACGGCAUUUGCUAAGACAGAGGAAUAAACCUCUUUAUGAUGCUCUCAAUGAUCAAGCUGCAUUUAGACGAAUAUUCGACGCACAAAGAAAUGCGUCUCGUCAGGCAGCUAUAGAGCUGGAGUUGUCUGAUCCUUUAAAUCCUGCUGCACAGAAACGAAUCGCUGAACUCAUUCAGCAAAAAAAUAUUGAUAAUGAAAUGGAGGCAGCGAUGGAGUAUUAUCCGGAAACGUUCGGCCAGGUGACUAUGUUAUACGUGGCCUGUGAGGUGAACGGCUUUCCCAUCAAGGCCUUUGUGGACUCUGGUGCUCAAACGACUUUAAUGAGCCUUCAAUGUGCUCGUAACUGCAAUCUGGAACACUUGAUCGAUAAGCGUUGGUCUGGAAUGGCUUAUGGUAUUGGUACGCAGAAAAUAAUUGGCCGGAUUCACCAAGCACAGCUCAAGCUUAAUGGCACAGCUAUUCCGUCCUCGUUUGUCGUGUUGGAGGAUCAGCAAAUGGACCUCAUGAUUGGCCUAGAUAUGCUGAAACGACACAAGUGCUGUAUUAAUCUGGCAGAGAACGUGCUGACGGUUGGGGAGCACACGUCCGUCCCAUUUCUUCCUGAGGCUGAGCUACCGGCUUUCGCCAAAAUUCCAGUUGGCGCAAGCAACUCUGAGCUGAAUUCCUUCGUUUCAGAACCCCCCGACGCUCUAACAGAAGAGCAGCUCUCAAAGGUUGAUCUACUAACAAGUCAAAGCGUUCCACGAGACCGUGCAAUAGCUCUACUUAAGGCCACCAACUGGGACGCUGAUAUGGCUCUUGUGCAAUACAUGAGCAGUCUUCCCUAG